AUGCAUCUCCUCGCCAGCCUUGCUCUCUUUGCUUAUCUCCGCACCGUUUCUGCCCACGGCGACCAUGGCCAUGACGCCCCUCACGAUGGAGAGUCAAUAGCGCAGUACGCGGAACGACACAUGGCUACGGAGCACCACAUUGAUUCGUUCGACUUGCCCAGCUUCUUCCAGCUUCACGAUCUCAACCGGUGCUGGGACAAGGAGGAGAUUGAAGCCGUCUACGGUGUCCACCACGUCUACUCGCAGAAGAAGUCUAAGGAUGACGUCGAGCACCAACAGAAGGCAGACCACAUCGUGAGCGCUGUGCUGAAGCUUCUGGAUAAAAACGGCGACGGCGUCAUUACUCUCGAUGAGCUGGAUAAGGUCGGCCUGGAGGGGCUUCCUAACUUUGACGAUCUCGGCGCGGAGGGCCACCACUAUGACGUGGAGAGCGAGUUCUUCCUUCACCACGAAGCAUCUCCCCAACCCGUGCCUCACGCCCUUCCUUCCUCAACCUCCAGAACAAUUCCACUCCACGCCCGAACACAAACCGACGAGUCUUACAACCACCCCGAGGACCUCGAACACUUCGCGCACCACGAGAAGAUCGAGCAGAUUGAGGCCGAGCGCGAAGCCAAGUACCAAGGCGUCUCUGUCGAGGAGGUCAUCGCCCAGCACGAGCCGCACGAGCACGAGCACGAUGCCCCGCCUCCGCCCCCGGCCGCGGGCGAAGACCCGCACCUGAUGGUCCAGGACCCGCUCAACGACCAGCUCAACCCGCCCCCCGCAGACGCGGCAGGCAAGAAGUACACGUACACGCGCAAGACAGACCCGGACGCGGAGGACCCCGCGGCGCGGUACGCGAAGGUCAAGGCCGAGGCGGACAACCAGGGCGAGUGGGGCGCGGGCACCGCGGGGUACAAGCCGCCCAAGACCCCCGUGGAGAAGAUGCGCAAGAACAUGCCGUACAAGUACAAGUUCCGUCGGACCUGGGGAGACUUCUGA